UCGAGCCCCGCGUCGGGCUCUGUGCUGACAGCUCAGAGCCUGGAGCCUGUUUCGGAUUCUGUGUCUCCCUCUCUCUCUGACCCUCCCCCGUUCAUGCUCUGUCUCUCUCUGUCUCCAAAAUAAAUAAACGUUAAAAAAAUUAAAAAAAAAAAAUUAUUAUUUAGGGGCGCCUGGGUGGCUCAGUUGGCUGAGUGUCCCACUUCGGCUGAGGUCCUGAUCUCAUAGUUCAUGAGUUAUUUUGGAGAGCGAGCGAGAGUGUGCAAAGUCUGGGGAGGGGCAGAGAGAGGAGACAGAGAAAGCCAAGCAGGCUCCAUGCUGUCAGCACAGAGCCCAACUCAGGGCUCAAACUCACAGACCUGACCUGAACCGAAAUCAAGAGUCAGACACUUAACAAACUCAGCCACCCAGGGACCCUGAUUAAUAAACUUUAAAAACUAAUCAAAUAAAAAAUAACAGCAUAGUAAAAUUGUCUUUAUUUUAUAUCAGUGAGCAGCUUAUAGCAAAGCAAAACACCUUUUCUAAUCAGAUUCAACACUAUAAAACAUGUACUACCAAUGGAACUCGUUUGUUACACAGUUAAGCGUUUUAUAUAUAUUUUUUUAAUGUUUAUUUAUUUUGAGAGCAAGAGUGUGCAGGGAACAGAGAGAGAAUCCCAACCAGGCUCCAUGCUGUCAGUGCAGAGCCCAAUGUGGGGCUCGAUCCCACCAACCGUGAGAUCAUGACCUGAACUGAGAUCAAGAGUCUGAUGAUUAACUGAGCCACCCAGGUGCCCCAGCACUUAAACAUUUUAGAUGAAAUCAGUAUUGUUACUUGUCAGAGGAAAAUAUUUUGAGAGUGGCAGAGUAUGGCAAAAAGAUUAGUAAUGUGACUAUGGGACCACAUUGCCUGGCUACGAAUUUGUAGCUCCACUGUGUACUAGAUAGAGCACCUUAAUUUCGGUUUCCUCGACCACAAAAUGGGAAUAAUACUAGUACCUAAUUUAUAGUCCUGCUGUAAGUGUUAGUGAGUUAAUAUACUUGAAGUGUUUAGGAAAGUAAGUGGCACAUAAUAAGCACUGUAUAAGCAUCAGCUUUAUAUGCCGCUAUUUGCCUGGACAGCUGCUGUCUGCCUGUAUGCCCGUGUAAUUCUUCAUAUGAUGUAUAGAGUGUGUGCGCGCGCGCGCGUGUAUACACUCUAACAGACCUGGGAAAAACCUACAACAUGGCAUUUGAUGCACAAGAAGCACUGAACAUCAGGAGGUUUUUAUUUCCAACGGAAUAUUGAUUUUAAAACUAACAGUAAUUUAUGCUGAAAUUGGGAGAGCCCUUGUUCCGGGAAAGAUGGACUGAGCACAUGUCACCCUGUCUUUCCACUGGAAGCUGCUGUAGGACCGGGACAGCAGGCACGGAGCAGCCAUCUGAGGUCUGUAAGUGGUAAAGAACAGCAGGCUGAUGGGGAAAGAAACCCACAAUGCAAUGUGUUUACCUUUUUUUUUUUUCUACCUCCCAAUAUCUCCUAGCAUGGAUUCGACAAGCACAAAACCCACAAGGGGUUUUGGCAUGGAUAAAAAGAACUGCAGGAGACACCUAGUUCAGGCUCAAGAAGUAGGAAGGGGAUCUAAUACUCAGAAAGGGUGGAUGGGAUUCUACCUUAAAAAAAAAAAAAAUUAUGUUUUCUUGUGUCCUGAGACAGUAGCAGUGGGGUCUAAAGGCAUCUAAAACUUUGAAGGAGGAGAAAUGUCUGUGAUUGAGAAGCUGUGUCCCCCAGAGGGUGGAGUAAACUCUUACUGCUUUGUUUUCUUGCUUCUGUUCUCUCCCUGCUUGGUUCCAGGGGUGGGUACAGUCAGGGCAGGGGCACAGUCAAGUGGAAUAAAUAAGCCCCAGCCAUCUGGCCAGAGGACUGCGAAGGGGAACCCCUAGGAGGUAGGAACUACUGGAGAAAUCACAGAGAAGAGGAGCUUUGGGAAUCAACUGUAUAAAGCUGUUUCUGAACUCCCAGGCUCACCCUAGCCUGCUCAUGCGUGUAUCUGUCCCCAGUCAACGAGAAGUGAACUGAGGGAUAGACUGCUGGUCACCAAGCAGGACAUGUGUACGACAGAGGCGACUGUCACUUCAUAGGCUCUGCAAAUGGAGCCGGAACAAAAUACCAACAUUCUCCAUAUAAUUUAAACAAGACGUAAAGUCUCGUAACAUUCAGAAGGUCCAGGAUACUAUCUAAAAUUACUCAAAUGAUGAAAAACUAGGAAAAUUUCAAUUCACGGGAAAAGCUAAUCACCAGACGCUGGCAUUGAUGUGACCUGGAUGUUGGGAUUAUCUGAUAAAGGUUUUAAAGCAGCUAUUAUAAUAAUGCUCCAACAAGUGAACUCUCUUGAAGCAGACAGCCUCAGCAAAGAAAUAGAAGAUAGCAGCAAGAAAUGGAAAACAUAAUUACCAAAAUAAACCCACUGGAUGGGCUUAGCGGCACAGUGAGAAAGGCAGUAGGAAGAGUUGGCGACCUUGAAGGUACAGAGAAAUUGUCUUAUCUGAACAAUUGAUACAAGAUUUAACAGAGCCUCAGGGCCCUGUGGGACAAUACCAGAACGUUAAACAUUUGUAUCAUUGAAGCCCCAGAAGAAAAGAGAAAGUGUAGAAAAAAUAUUUGAAGAAAUAAUGGCUGAAAAAUUCCUAACUUUAGUGAAAGACAUAAAGCUGUGGAUCCAUGAAGCUCAGCAAACUCCAGCGUGAUAAACUCAAAGACAUCCUGCCUGGCGGCUCUGUCAUCAGACUGUUAAAAACCACAGACAAGGGAAACAGCCCGGGAAGAAUGAUGCUUAACAUAUAGGGUAGCAGCAACUUCAAUUCUGGGUUUUCCAUCAGAAAUCAUGCAAAUCAGAAGGAAGUAGAGCAACUUUUAAAAAGUACUCAAAGGAAAGAACUGUCAACCCAGCAUUAUGUGUCCAGCAAAAAAAUACCCUUCAAAAUUGAAUGUGAAAUAGUGUCUCAUAUGGAGGAAAACUAAGGAAAUUCAUUGGCGGAUUUCUCAAAGAAUUACAAAAGGAAGUUCUUCUGAUAGAAAUUAUACCAGAAGGGAAGUGAAACAUCAGGAAUGAAGAAAGUGCAACAGAAAUGGAUUCAGUGACUUUCACGGAUGUGGCCAUAGAUUUCUCUCAAGAGGAAUGGGAAUGGCUGAAUCUUGCUCAAAGGACUUUAUAUAAGAAAGUGAUGUUGGAGAACUACAGGAACCUGGUUUCAUUGGGUCUUUGCAUUUCUAAACCAGAUGUGAUCUCCUUAUUGGAGCAAGGUGAAGACCCCUGGAUGAUGAAGGGAGAGAGGACAGGAGGCCUCUGCCCAGACUUGGAGUAUGUUUGGAUGACCAAGGAAUUAUCUCCAAACCGGGACAUUUAUGAAGGAAAGUUAUCCCAGGCAGUGAUACUGGAAGGACUUCCAAGCUGUGACCUUACCUGUUCCACAUUAGGGGAAAACUUGAAAUGUGAAAACCUGUUUAAGAAGGAGCUGGUAAGUCAGAAGACACCUUUCAGUCAAGAGACAGUCACUCAUAUUGGUACCCUUAUCGAGAAAAGAGACGACUUUAACAAAUCGGGGACACUUUUACAUCUGAAUAGAUUAUCUUAUCUAGAGCAGGUAUUUUCCAUAGAAGAGAGAAUAUAUAAUUUUGACACAGAUAAGAAAAGUUUAAAAACACAUUCAUUUGUCAAAAAACAUAAGCAAGUCUUGGGAGAAAAGAAACUUCUGAAAUGUAACGACUGUGAGAAAACUUUCAGCAAAAUCUCAACCCUUACCCUUCAUCAGAGAAUUCAUACUGGAGAGAAACCCUAUGAAUGUGUUGAAUGUGGGAAAGCCUUCAGCCAGAGUGCCCACCUUGCUCAACACCAGAGAGUUCACACAGGAGAAAAACCCUUUGAAUGUACUGAAUGUGGGAAAGCCUUCAGUCAGAAUGCUCAUCUUAUUCAGCACCAGAGAGUUCAUACUGGAGAAAAGCCUUAUCAAUGUAAGCAAUGUAACAAAGCCUUCAGCCAGCUUGCACAUCUCACUCAACAUCAGAGAGUUCAUACUGGAGAGAGACCCUAUGAAUGUAUUGAAUGUGGGAAGGCUUUUAGUGAUUGUUCAUCCCUAGCUCAUCAUCGAAGGAUUCACACUGGAAAAAGACCAUAUGAAUGUAUUGACUGUGGGAAAGCUUUCAGGCAGAAUGCUUCUCUGAUACGUCAUCGGAGAUAUUAUCAUACUGGAGAGAAACCAUUUGAUUGCAUUGAUUGUGGGAAGGCUUUCACUGAUCACAUAGGACUUAUUCAGCAUAAGAGAAUUCAUACUGGAGAGAGACCUUACAGAUGUAAUGUGUGUGGGAAGGCUUUUAGCCAUGGCUCAUCCCUGACUGUACAUCAGAGAAUUCAUACAGGAGAGAAACCUUACGAGUGUAACAUCUGUGAGAAAGCCUUUAGCCAUCGUGGCUCACUUACUCUUCAUCAAAGAGUUCAUACUGGAGAAAAACCCUAUGAGUGUAAGGAAUGUGGGAAAGCUUUUCGGCAGAGCACACAUCUUGCUCAUCAUCAGAGAAUUCAUACUGGAGAGAAACCCUAUGAAUGUAAGGAAUGCAGCAAAACUUUCAGCCAGAAUGCACACCUUGCACAACAUCAGAAAAUACACACUGGAGAGAAACCGUAUGAAUGUAAGGACUGUGGUAAGGCCUUCAGCCAAAUUGCACACCUUGUUCAACACCAGAGAGUUCAUACUGGCGAGAAGCCUUACGAAUGUACUGAGUGUGGGAAGGCCUUUAGUGAUGGCUCCUAUCUUGUUCAACAUCAGAGACUCCACACUGGCAGGAGACCAUAUGAAUGUCUUGAAUGUGGAAAGGCCUUCAGACAGAGGGCAUCCCUGAUUUGUCACCAGAGGUGUCAUACAGGCGAGAAACCUUAUGAAUGUAAUGUUUGUGGGAAAGCCUUUAGCCAUCGUAAAUCCCUUACACUACAUCAAAGAAUUCAUACAGGAGAGAAACCUUACGAGUGUAAGGACUGUAGCAAAGCCUUCAGCCAGAUUGCCCAUCUUACACUGCAUAAGAGAAUUCAUACUGGAGAAAGGCCCUAUGAAUGUAAAGAAUGUGGGAAAGCCUUCAGGCAGAGUGUACAUCUCACUCAUCAUCAACGAAUUCAUACUGGAGAGUCAUCCUCGAUUAUUCCCUCCUCACUCCCAUACCACCAAGUCCUCUAGAUUCAAUCUUCUGAAGGCCUCUAGAGUCCACCACUUUUUCCCAGUCUAUGUCCCAUUAUCAUAGUCUAAGCGGUAACCAUCUCAUUUUUAUGUUUACAACAGUGUUACAAACAUUUUCCCUCUAGCUCCCCUCAAGUGCAUUUUUAACACUGUAGCCAGCUUAAUCUUUUAAAAAUAGGAGUCAGUAUUCAUGUUAUUUUCCCAUUUAGAACGUUUGUCUUUAAGAAUAUAUUAGAUACCAUUUAAGGGCUUAGCACACGAUCCUUGACAUAUAAUUAGUGCCAUUAAGGUAAGGGUUUCCUUGCUGUUACCUUCAGCCGCAAAUAAAAUCCAGUAGGUCAAGACUAAGAAAUCUAAGGAUUUUAGAGCAGAGGACUCUUCACUCUCCCAGAAGGUAGGGAAAUGAACACAUUCAGAAUUAAAAGAUUCUGUGAUGGACAAGGUAACAUGGUGGCUUACCACUCUCUCUGUGUGAAUAAAUACAAAGACUUGUAGGAUUGCUGAUGAGGAACUCUCCGCUUCACCUGGCAUGCAGAAGUGAGAAUAGGCCAGUCACAACAAAGGCAUUUGGUAGCAUGUAGGACUAGGCAGGUAUUGAAAGCAAAGUAAGCAAGCUAGAAGACCUGAUUAGAGUAACAACCAUGAAAUAAACUGAAAAAGGUAGUUUAAUACUUUUUUUUUAAUUAAAAAAAAAUUUUUUUUAACGUUUAUUUAUUUUUGAGACAGAGACAGAGCAUGAAUGGAGGAGGGUCAGAGAGAGGGAGACACAGAAUCUGAAACAGGCUCCAGGCUCUGAGCUGUCAGCACAGAGCCCAACGCGGGGCUUGAACUCAUGGACUGCAAAAUCAUGACCUGAGCCGAAGUCGGCCGCUUAACCGACUGAGCCACCCAGGCGCCCCUAACACUUUUUUUUUAAUUAAAAAAAUUGUUUUAAUGUUUAUUUAUUUUUGAGAGAGACAGACCCCAAGCAGGGGAGGGGCAGAGAGAGGAGACACAGAAUCCGAAACAGGCUCCAGGCUCUGAGCUGUCAGCACAGAGCCUCAUGUGGGGCUUGAACCCACAAACCUUGAGAUCAUGACCUGAGCUGAAGUUGGACACUUAACUGACUGAGCCACCAGGUGCCCUGGUAGUAUAACCCUUUUACCUGUAGAAAAGCACCACAGACAAUUCCUGUGAUGUUUAAAUUGUUCUAAAGCAUAAAAUAAAUAUGGUAAAACUGCCCAUCUUAUUCUGAGACUAAGACUGACAUCAAAACGAAAACAUAUGCUACAAUAAGCUUAUGAAUGUAGAUACUAAAACGUAAACUUACUUUAAAAAUUUUAAAAGGUAGAGUAAGUGGAAAGCUAGACAUGUCUUUGUAUAGAAAGUCUGGCAAGGAUAUUUCUCUCCACAUUAAAUAUGUAAAUUAAUUGAUAUUCCAGUAAAAAUCCCAAUAUAUUUUGAAGUUGACAAGCUGAUUCUGACCAUCUAUAGAGUUGUGGUAUUAUAGUAAGGAAUGUACUCCUCAUUCAGUUAACAUUAAAUGAGCAUUUGCCAAUGUGCCAAGCCCUGUUUUAGGUGCUGGGGACACAGCCGAGUGCAAAAUACACAAAAGUUUUUGCCCUUCCAGAUCUCGUGAGAGAAAACAAAAGAAGUUGAAAUACAGUAAAAUCUUGGGUUGCGAGUAACUUGUUCUGUGAGGGUUCCCGUAAGAUGAACAAACAUUUCUAAUAAGUUUUAACUUGAUAAAUGAACAAUGUCUUGCAAUACACGUAGUAUGUGAUGCCAAAUAUCACAUGAUCACAACUGAGCCAGUGGUUCUUCUCUCUGUCUCUGUCUCUGUCUCUCUUUCUGUGGGAUUGUGGGUGAUCAUCUCCCAUGCUUUGAUGCUCACUCUCAGGCUGUAGUGUUUGGCAGAAAUCAGUGAUUUGUCAGAACGUUGGAAGGUGCCCACCACUGGCACUAGUGUAUUUUUUGUCUCUUCAAAGCACCUAUGAACAAUCCUUUACUUUUCCAUACAAGAGUGAGCUUAGGAAGGCUUUGCUUCAUUGUAGAUCAGGCUGCCUGCAGAUAUAGACCCUUUCUUCUGCUGCCUUCUUGCCAGUUACAUUAAAUACAGUAUAUGACAAGAGUUUAUUAAUGCUGUAGUGUAGUCAACAUCUGUUAGUGAUAGUGAAAGUAAUCCUACACAACAACCCUCCUCUCUUGUCUCCCUCACUCCAGCCACAAAGGUUUUCAAAAGUAACUGCAGGUUAAUUUGCUUAUUUUUUUUAUAUUUUGUAUUUUAUUAUUUUGUAUUAUAUUACAAAAUAUUAUAUUCAUUCUUACAUGAAUAUUUUUGGGUUGUAGAAUGAAUCGUCUGUGUUUUAUUUCUCAUGGGGAAAUCGCUUUGAUAUACAAGUGCUUUGGAUUACAAGCAUGUUUCUGUGAUGAAUUAUGCUCGCAAACCAAGGUUUUAGUGUAUAUACUAUAAGUGUGUAAUAUGUACCACAAAGAGAAAUCAUCGAAAGAGGGAGCUGAGGAGUGAUGGGAAGGAAUGCCUUACUAUUCCCAGAACAUAUGGGCAUUAGAAGCAGGGGACAAGGGAGAUAAUGUCAGACACAAUGGACAUAAUGAGAAUAGUUUUGUUCCAAGGUAGAUAAUUACACUUUCAGUGUUGCAAGAAGACAGAAUUGAUGGUUUAACAAGGAUCAUGAGAGUUCUAUUUACUCUUUAUCAAUGGUGAUUUCGAGUCUGGUGGAGGUUUUGUUUUGUUUUGUUUGUAACAGCCUUAUUGAGAUGUAGUUUGCAUAACAUACAAUUCACCCAUUUAAAGUAUACAGUUCAGUGACUUCAUAUGUCCAAUGUUGUGCAAACAUUACCACAUUUCUUUACCUAAAAACAGGAUACCCUCACCCCCAGAGGAGUACUCUUACUUGAAGCACCUAGUGCUUGUGGAUUCCCUCUCGACUGCUGCCUGUGGCAGCAUAGAAAGCUAUUUGAGGGGAGCUCUUGUCCAGAGGACAUGAGUGCUAGAAAAUGGAGCUUUGGGGCUCCCUUUACUUUGGGAUAGAGAGGAGGGGGUGAGUGGUCUUAUUAGACUCCCCUUAUGUAUGAUAAAAGGGAUUUUUCACUGCAAUGGGGGCAAGAUAGAUUGAUCAAAUGGUGUUGGGACACGUAGCUUCCUGGAAAGACAAAGAUCUAUACCCUGUACACUAACAAAGCCCUGAAAGAGCAAAGAUCUAAAUGUACAAUAUUAAAGUACAAGAAAAACGGUAUUUCUGUAAGUCUGAGGCAGACCUAUUUAGGUAUUAUACAUAACCCAGGAGCUGACAUUAAAGUAACAUGUAUGUGUGGAAAAGAUCAGAGUCACAGUUAAUAGACAAAUUUAAGAUUGAAAGAAAAUGUUUGCAAACAGAUAUAACAAAGGAUAAUCCUGAUAUUCAAAGCAUUCUUACAAAUCAAUAAUAGUAACAUCUGCAAUUCGGUAGAAAAGUGGACAAAACCAAUGGCCAGUUCAAAGAAGAUGAGAAAACAGCUAAUGGAAAUGACCCAGUAUCACUACUAGUAAGGAAAUGCAAAAUAUAGUGAUGUUGUAUAUACUUCUUUCCCCAGUAGGUUGAUGUUAAAUCCUAGAGGAGUGAUUAUGUCUAGUGGUGAAUGUGUCAAAGCCAAGACAAUUCCGUUGUCAGGUGUAUAAAUUUAUGUGUGUAUAUACCAUUUGAACCAUUAUUUCCCAGAAACCAAAGUGUACAAAGGUAGGUGACUGUAUAAUGGCAAAAAUAACUUUUAAUGGUGAACUCUGUUAGAAACUACUAGGGUCCUGGGUAAAUGAGUAAGUUAAUUAUGGUGCAUUCAUUCAAUAGAACUUUAUACACCUGUUGAUAAAAAGAAAUAUAAAUGUGUAUAUGGCCAUAGAUAGUUGUAUUAUACCUAAUGAAAAAAAAUUUUCAGACUGUAUUCUAGUAUAAACUCAUAAUUGUAAUAUCAAAAAUAAAACAUAAAAAUAUGUAUUUUUCUGUUUUACUCUG